AUGGACGUGAUGGUGACGAUGUUUGGCCUAAGCGGCACGAAGGCACAACGACGGCAGAUAGCGGCGCGCAACUGCAGCGCCAUACGCCCCAUAGCAACAAACGCCGUCGUUACCGUCGCCACCAAUGCCUUACCCGUUUGGAAAUAUGAAAACCAACAGCAACAGCAUCAGCAGCAAGAGCAACAACAACAGAAAGGCAAAAACGGCAAAGAAAAUAGUUGUGGUAACGGCGUGUGUGGCUGCCAACGUAUCGGCAGUGCUUUCUUCUUUUUCUUCUGGUUUGAACGAGAACGCGCGCUUAGCACGCGUCACAGCUUCCAGUUGGAUUAUUCAAUAGACUUUUUCAAAACGUAUAUCGAUACGCAGCGUUUUUACGCCGGCCACAAAUUGGAUUUCAAACAUCAAAGUUGUGCCGGCGGCCCUGGUUCCGGUGGUGGUGGUGGUGGAGGCAGCGGCGGCGGUAACGGCGGCACUGCUGCAGGAGUCGUCGGCAACACAACGAGCAGCAAUCCAAAUCAAACGGCUAGUAAUACAAGCAACAACAACACAAGUAACGGCGGCAACGGAGGGAGUGGCGCCGGCAACGGUUCCAACGGCUCCAACUCAAGCGGAGCCGGCGGCGGUUCUGGACUUUUGGGAGCCACCUUGCCCCAACAGCAACAGCAGCAACAACAACAGCAACAACAACAACAGCCGCCAACACUACAGGCUGCAGCACCACCGCAAGCGCACGCCGUGCAACAGCAACAACAGCAGCAGCAACAACAGCUGCAGCAGCAACAACAACAGCAACAACAACAACAACUAGUCACACUAAACAACGGCAGUGGCGUUGCGCCCACACUUCUAAUUGGCAACGGUCCGGGCUCGUCGGGUACCGGUGGUGGUCACACAGUCUCCGCUGCUGCUGCCGCUGCGGCCGCUGCAAACGCAGCCGCUGCUGCCGCCAGCUCUAUUCCGCACGUGGCGCCACAUAGUCUGGGUUUGAGUCCACAGUCGAGCGCCGACUCGCAACAGUUCAACAUUUUUCCGGCCAUUUUCAGCCGGCAGCUGAAUUUCUCGGCCGCUGCGGCGGCGGGCGCUUGCGGGCAAGCAGGAAAGCUGACGAUGGACGAGCUGCGUCCGAAUUUGGUGGGCGGGCUGCUGGGCCUGCAGCAGGGAUUGCUUGAGGAUCAUGCCAAUAUGCAGCAUGGCGGUGUUGCGCAGGACACCAAGUUCAUGUCCUUCCAGGACAAUCGACUGAUGGGCAUUGGCAGCUCGGCGCACGAGAAUCGUCUGCUCAGUCUGGCCACAUCCGUGCAGGAUACACGCUCUCCCAUCACCACGCUUGACAAAUCGUCAUCUUCAUCGCUUAACCAUCAGCGCAAGUGCAGCAGCACGCCGGAGGAUUUUAGUGCUCUCUACUCGGGUCUGCCCACCCCGGGCAUGGACUCCUCUUCGCAUCAUCACACGCCGGCGCAUACGCCACCAUCACGGCUCUCGGAUCACACCAUAUCGGCUGAAGGUGCAUUCAAGAAACUCAAGCCGGAACCAAAUAGCGGUCUGUCAACGGUUUCCGCCGGUGUUACCUCGCCCGGAAGUGGACUAUCCUCGCUAAGUCAGCAUGCCGGCCAUACUCCAACCACAGCAUCCUGCCCAACACCAGCUAGACGACGACAUCGAACCACAUUUACACAGGAACAAUUAGCCGAACUGGAAGCUGCAUUCGCCAAAUCGCAUUAUCCAGAUAUAUACUGUCGCGAGGAGCUCGCGCGUACGACAAAGCUGAACGAGGCGCGCAUACAAGUCUGGUUUCAAAAUCGUCGCGCCAAGUAUCGCAAGCAGGAGAAGCAAUUGCAAAAGGCAUUGGCACCAUCUGUGAUCCCAUCGUGCAACGGCAUGAUGCGGAACAUACAAGGCUAUAGCGUUUCCCGUGGCUAUCAACCGUAUCCACAUCACAAUACCAUGAACCGUUAUCCACAGGAUCUCUUUCAAAUGGGCGCCAGCUCCUACCCGGGCAUGACUCAACCAUUCUCAAUGGCGCAUGGCACGAACAUGGGCUCAGUUGGUGUGCGUCAGGACUCAAUGGGCAUGUCGCCGGAGGACGAAUGGUAUAACAAAAGCCUAUCCGCAUUGCGCAUGAAUAGCUCGCAUCAUCCAAACUUAUCAGCGCCAAUGCUGCAAUACCAAACAUAA